AUGCCGUCCAGAUUGCAACCGAAGCAGUCCGCCUUCGGCGACCACUGGGAGCUCUGCGACCACUGGGGCACCACCUGGUCCGAGCACAACGCGGAUACCUCCAUCCUCCUCCGCCGCACAGCCGCUCCCAGCCCGGUGGACACGACCCCUUUCGUCGCCGACGAAGUUCUACUACGGCUGCGCAAAUCGGAAAACACCGCGCCGGGCGCCGACCGCCUUAUAUACAAUCAUUGGCGGACAGUCGACCCGGAGGCCAAGUUCCUGUGUGCCCUCUUCAAUGCCUGCGUUUGCCAUCGCCGCACCCCGGCCGCAUGGCGAACAUCCCGAACGGUCCUGAUUCACAAGAAAGGAGACCCGCAAGUGCCGAGCAAUUGGCGGCCCAUAGCUUUGGGUAGCACGGCCAGCAAGCUUUAUGCCAAGUGCCUCGCCGCGCGUCUCCAGGACUGGAUUCUACUACACGGCGUCCUCUCACCCUGCCAGAAGGGAUUCUUACCAUACGACGGCGUGUUCGGCAUCAAUUAG